CAUCCGAGCAAUCGCUGUCAUUCGCAGACGGAGUUUACAGCCUUUGCGCCGCUUUUUCUUUCGAUCUUUUUCUGCCGCACCCCCUCCCUCUCCCGGCGCUGCCCAGCCAGUCGACCAUGGUUUCUAUAAUUUCAGACCUGGACCCCCUGAAAAGCUGGAACGUGUUAAGGCAGGACGCCAGUGACCUCUCUGGACCGAUACAAAGCAACGGCACGGCCGGAAAGAUGAACGGGGCACUGGAGCAUUCGGACCAGCCGGACCCGGACGCCAUCAAGAUGUUCGUGGGCCAGAUCCCACGCUCCUGGUCGGAGAAGGAGCUGAAGGAGCUGUUUGAGCCGUACGGAGCCGUCUACCAGAUCAACAUCCUCCGAGACCGCAGCCAGAACCCUCCACAGAGCAAAGGCUGCUGUUUUGUCACGUUUUAUACAAGGAAAGCUGCCCUUGAAGCCCAGAAUGCACUGCAUAACAUAAAGACCUUAACAGGGAUGCACCAUCCUAUUCAGAUGAAACCGGCAGACAGUGAGAAAUCUAAUGCGGUGGAAGACAGGAAGUUGUUUAUUGGCAUGGUGUCGAAGAAGUGCAACGAGAACGACAUCCGGGUCAUGUUCUCCGCGUUCGGACAGAUCGAGGAGUGCCGGAUCCUCCGAGGGCCCGACGGACUCAGCAGAGGAUGUGCGUUUGUCACGUUUUCCACCAGAGCUAUGGCACAGAAUGCAAUCAAAGCCAUGCACCAGUCUCAGACUAUGGAGGGCUGCUCGUCUCCCAUCGUGGUGAAGUUCGCCGACACGCAGAAGGACAAGGAGCAGCGGCGUCUGCAGCAGCAGCUGGCGCAGCAGAUGCAGCAGCUCAACAGUGCGACCACCUGGGGGAGCCUGACCGGCCUGGGCGGCCUCACCCCACAGUAUCUGGCUCUGCUUCAGCAGGCGACCUCUUCCGGUAACCUGGGAGCCUUCAGCGGGAUCCAGCAGAUGGCCGGUAUGAGUGCUCUGCAGUUGCAGAACCUGGCCACUUUAGCGGCGGCAGCGGCGGCGGCCCAAAACUCAGCCAGCCCCUCCACCGCAAACCCCCUGUCCUCCAACGCCGCCUCCCUGGGAGCGUUGGCCAGCCCAGCAGCGGGCACCACAGCCAGCUCCAACGCCGGCGCCAUGAACUCUCUGACCUCUCUGGGCACCCUGCAGGGCCUGGCCGGCGCAACUGUGGGCCUGAACAACAUUAAUGCACUAGCAGUUGCUCAAAUGCUCUCAGGUAUGGCGGCUCUAAACGGAGGCCUGGGCGGCGCAGGGCUUACCAACGGGACGGCGGGCACCAUGGACGCGCUGACGCAGGCCUACUCAGGGAUCCAGCAGUACGCCGCCGCAGCGCUGCCCACCCUCUACAGCCAGUCCCUGCUGCAGCAGCAAGGGGCCGCCGGCAGCCAGAAAGAGGGUCCGGAAGGUGCCAACCUGUUCAUCUACCACCUGCCCCAAGAGUUUGGAGACCAGGACAUACUGCAGAUGUUCAUGCCUUUCGGAAACGUGGUCUCUGCCAAAGUCUUCAUCGACAAACAGACAAACCUUAGCAAGUGCUUUGGCUUCGUCAGCUACGACAAUCCAGUGUCGGCGCAGGCAGCCAUCCAGGCCAUGAACGGCUUCCAGAUCGGCAUGAAGCGGCUGAAGGUGCAGCUGAAGCGCUCCAAGAACGACAGCAAACCGUACUGAUCUUAGCACUAGGGUCUAUCUGCUCCCCAUGUUAGCACUGCUAGGAACAACCCAUCUCCAUGCCUGUUAGCUCAUCGUUUGCCUAGCAUGUCUCCGUGGCGUCCAAAAAAAAACUUUACACAAAAACAAAACAAAAACAAAAAAAAAACCCCACCAAAAAAAAAAAGUGUCAUCGCCCUCCUCCUCCCCCGUCAUUGUUUUUUCUGAUGUCUUUUCCGAGCUCACCUGAUCAUAACCUGGUUCUCCUCCUCCUCCUCUGCCGCCUACUGAUCUUUUGAACUUUGAACU